AUGAGUUUAGUUCCCUAUAGAGAUGAUGAUUCAUUGAUUCUAAGUGAUCCAACAUCAAACUCUCUAUUGAUCGUGAAUCCAAUCUCAGGGAAAUUAUCAUAUUUCCAACAAGUCCCGACAACACCGCCACAAUACGGAUCUACUCAUUCAACAAGGAGGACUCAUAUACAUCAAAGACCACUGGAAUCCUUAUCCUCAUAUAUUUGUCCCCAAUGUGGUACGGAAAUCAAUCAAGAUUCCAACUUCCCAUCUACUCCAAGAUUCAAGCUCCCGAAAAGAUAUUUCCAAUUAUUACAAUCCACUCAUAAACAAACUAUUUCACAAUCAUCAAUCUCAGAUAUCGAAACAUCACCACAACAAAUACAGAACAACAAUAAUAAAAGCUUCUUUAUUCCACCAGAAUUAUUCAUACCGGGUUAUUUCCAUAAGUUUUUCACAACGUUAUCAUUAUUAGGUAAUGGGGCAAGAGGUUCAGUCUUCAAAGUAGUGCACAAAAUAGGUGACACGAAUUUGGGUAUAUUUGCCUUGAAGAAAAUCCCCAUAGGGAAUGACAUGAUAUGGUUCAAUAAAUGUAUACGUGAAGUGAAGGCUUUAAGUUCAUUGACUCAUAAGAGUGCCAAUUUGAUCACUUAUAAUCAUGUUUGGCUUGAGAUGGAUGAUUCUUGCGGUGUGGUUCCUGGUGCUACUCCUGAGGUGGGAGUAUUAGAACCUGAGAAGAUUCCAUGCUUAUUUAUUUUACAACAGUUUUGUGAAGGUGGGAAUUUGGAGGAUUGCAUAGAAAGAGAUGUUUUUGCAAAGGCUCCUAAUUUGGAAUCUAUUGAAGAAAGAAAGAGACGAUUUAGGUUGAAAAGAGAUGCCAGAAGGAAUAAUAAUAAUAGCCUAGAUGGGGAUCACAGACAGGGGUUAUCCUCUAGACAAAUUAUAUCGAUACUGAGAGAUAUUGCAAGAGGUUUACAUGAAUUACAUGACAUUGGGCUCAUUCAUAGAGAUUUGAAACCUUCCAAUUGUUUACUGUUACAAAAAUAUAAAGAAGGAGACGAUCUAGAGUUUCCUACAGUUGUAAUUGGUGAUUUGGGAGAAAGCCAAAUGGAAGGUGAAGCAAGAAUCGGUACAGGUGCCACUGGGACAUUAGAAUUUACUGCACCUGAAGUUAUAAUAUCCGAUACAAUGAAACGUGUUGCCACUGGAAUGGGAAGAGAUUAUAACGAAUAUACGUAUGCUGCAGAUAUCUAUUCUCUAGGGAUGAUUUGUUAUUUUAUCAUUUUUGGUGAAUUGCCCUUUAAUUCAGAACUAAAUAUUCCAGAAUUAAAAGAGAAGGUCAAGAGUUUCAAGUUCAAUAAAAGAGCUAUGCUUGAACAACAUAGAUCCUUAAAAUUACUGCCAAUUGACCACAGGAUCUUUGACUUAAUGGAAUCUCUAUUAUCACCCUCUGUCAGUACAAGACCCACCGCAAAAGAAGUGGAGGAUCUCUUAGACAGUCUAUUGAUGAAUCAUGAAGAUGGAAGUGCUCAUAACUUCGAUAAUGAAGACAAUUUAAGUAUACUGGAACAACCAGUUGAAAAUGCGUCUAAUAAAAACACUAGCGAAGUUGAUGAUGAAAUAAUCGAAGAAAGUGAAGAAGAUGAUGAUGAUGGAGAUGAAAAAAUAAUUGAAGAAAUAAUGAACGAUCAUCAACAACUACCAAUGUUUUCUAUCAAUGAGCAGUUGUUAUCGUUACCGGCUCCACAUACACCUUCCCAGAGCCAUCAAUCCUCGAAUUACUUCUCAGGAGUCAAUUUGAAGUUCUCCGUUGUAACUUUCCUAACAAUUUCCAUUAUCUGUUUGCCCAAGAUAAACGUACAUGUCGUUUAUUUUACACUCUUUUUAUAUGGGAUGUAUUCAGGAACACCAACAAGAACAAACUUAAAGGCGUUGAUCGGUUUGUCGGUAGUCUUGUUAUGGCUUUUAACACAAAUUUAA